CCAACUUGUGGUUGUGGUCACAGGUUCUACUUUCACUUGCUCAGUGGUUCCCCCAUCUAUCGAGGCACUCCCCUAUUGAAGAGAACAAACACAGACAAGAAGGAGCCACCCCCUCUGGUUAGAUUCACGCUCAGACGAUUCCUUUUUCAGUAUAAUUUUGGAACUCUGCAGCAGUUGUUGAUGUGGCAUGGUGUGAACCUAAUAGGUGAGGGAACGAUGGGGAAAAUAGAAAGAGAAAAGCAAGCCACUUUCGAAGCAGUUUUCCCCAUAGGAAAAUUUGGGCAGCUGCUGCAGCUACACCGGUUUUACAUAUGGUCUUCUGAUAUUGCCCAUAAUGUUGAAUCCUAUUUUGCCCACGAAGAAAGGAGAACUAGAACACCCCCCACCACAUACAAAAAAAAAAAAAAAAAACAAAAUAGAAAAGAAGUGCUAUUCGCGCUCCACUUCAUCCGACUUAGCUGCCUGCUUUGC